UGAUGAGAGAACCAUUACUCCAAUUAAUAGUUCUAUCACUAAUAAUCAUCGUCGUCAAUACACAAUUCGAAUCGGGUCGUCUAUGUUUCUGUAAAGGGUUCGAAGCGGUUGAGCCAUGUGAUUGCUCGAAACCUCAGACUAUUGAUAAAUUGAAUAAUCAUCGAAUUUAUGAGAAAGUACAGAAGUUGCUCAAAAAGGAUUUCUUCCGGUUUUAUAAGGUAAAUAUGGAUAAAACAUGCCCAUUCUGGGCAGACGAUCGACAAUGUGGCACAAAUCAAUGCGGAAUCGCAUUCUGUGAUGAUGAGGUUCCCGCGGGACUUCGACGACGAAAUGCAGUGAAUAUGGUACGCAGAAGCUCUCAUGAGAGUAGUCAUGAAAUAUCAGAAAAUCAUAACAACAACCGCCAACAACGCUGGAAUGAGACAACGAAAAUUGGGGUAAUUGUUCAGGAGGCUGCUGCUGUGAAAGAGGAAGAAGAUGAUGAUGCUGAAAAGUGUGCAGAUGCUGGAAAUAAUAUUGAUCCAAUGGAUAGAACACUUCAUGAUGAUGAGAAACGACAAUUGGAUGCGAUGGAUCAUCAUGAUGAUGGACUGGAGGACAAAUUCUGUGAAAUUGAAGAUGACGAGUCAGAUGGUAUGCACUAUGUGGAUUUAUCGAAGAAUCCGGAACGCUACACGGGAUACGCUGGAAAAUCGCCGCAAAGAGUGUGGAAGAGCAUUUACGAGGAGAAUUGUUUCAAACCGGAUCCCAAAUUCGACAAGAAUUUUUUGACGAAUCCCAGUAAUUUUGGGAUGUGCCUUGAGAAGCGAGUUUUCUAUCGAUUGAUUUCGGGACUUCACUCGGCGAUUACUAUCUCAAUUGCUGCGUAUAAUUAUAAGCCACCACCACCAUCACUUGGACAAUUCGGUUCACAAAUGGGUACAUGGUUCCGUAAUACGGAAAUGUUCGCCGGCCGGUUUGGUACAAAAUGGUCAUGGGAAGGACCACAACGUCUUCGAAAUGUCUAUUUCAUCUAUUUACUCGAACUUCGUGCACUUUUAAAAGCUGCUCCAUACCUUCAAAAUGAGCUAUUCUACACUGGAAAUGACGUGGAAGACGCUGAAACUCGAAAAGCCGUCGAAGAUCUUUUAGAAGAAAUUCGUGCGUAUCCAAAUCAUUUUGACGAAUCGGAAAUGUUCACUGGUGUUGAAUCACAUGCACGGGCUCUCCGAGAGGAAUUCCGAUCGCAUUUUGUGAAUAUCUCGAGAAUUAUGGAUUGUGUUGAGUGCGAUAAAUGUCGGCUUUGGGGAAAAGUUCAGACACACGGAAUGGGAACGGCGCUCAAAAUUCUUUUUUCGGAUUUACCACAUUCACAUUAUAAACAGGACUCGUCGAAGUUCCAGUUGACUAGAAACGAAGUGGUCGCCCUUUUGCAAAGUUUCGGUCGUUACUCGUCAAGUAUUCUGGAAGUUGACAAUUUCCGAGAAGACAUGUAUCCAGGUGAAUCUGUAAUGAAUACAGCUGCAGAUGGUCCUCCAAGGAAAUCCAAUAAAAUUGAUCUGUAGCCCCCGCUUUUUUUUUGAAAAAAAUCCACUUUCUUCUGCGUUUUCUUUUGUUGUUAUGGGUCACUUUUAUUUAUCUAAGAUUUUUUCAAAUUUUUCAUAUUUUCUUUCCCCUGCUCUCCCUAAAACCAGUUAUCAUAUUCUCGUUGUGUUGUGUACAUAAUUAUGAUUGAUAUAAUAAUAAUUGAUUCCCUCGAAAUAUAUAGACAUUUUUCAUUU